AGAGGAGGGCGGCGAAGGGGGGGGGGGCGCCCACUAAAGAUGUGUAGUGAAAUUCUAUUUAUUUAUUUAUUUAAAUAAAAAAAAUGGCCGCCGCAGAGAGCGGAGAGGAGAGACUCGAGGAGAAGAGUGAGGAGCACGACCAGCAGGCCUCAAAGGACAAGACGUUCAAGCCGAAGAAGGUGAAGCGGGAUCGACGGGAUGAAGAGCUGGAGGAGCCCACGGUGUCCAGCCAGCCUCCCGCACCAGGGGAGCAGCAACAGGACCAGAAGCCGGCAGCGGAGUCCGGGCAGGCGCCAUCUCCCCAUGCCGAGGAGGUCAACCCCGAAGCCUCAGGCUCUCCUAAGCAACGGCGUUCGAUAAUCCGUGACCGAGGGCCGCUGUAUGAUGACCCCUCGCUGCCGCCGGGCUGGACACGGAGGCUGAAGCAGAGAAAGUCUGGUCGUUCGGCUGGGAAGUACGAUGUCUACCUGAUAAACCCAGAUGGGAAAGCCUUCCGUUCCAAAGUGGAGCUGAUAGCGUACUUCCAAAAGGUAGGAGAUACCACCACCGACCCCAAUGACUUUGACUUCACGGUUACGGGCCGUGGCAGUCCCUCGCGGCGUGAGAAGAAGCCCCCGAAGAAGCCCAAGGUCGUGAAAGCUUCUGGACGGGGGAGGGGGCGCCCCAAGGGCAGCGGCAAGGUGCGGCAGGCUACGGAGGGUGUAGCCAUGAAGCGAGUGGUGGAGAAAAGCCCUGGCAAACUGCUGGUCAAGAUGCCAUUCGUCUCAUCGAAGACGGAGGUGGGUGGGCCUUCGGGGCAGGCUGCAGGCACCAAAACGCGGCCCGGCCGCAAAAGAAAGAUGGAGCAGGAACCGCAAACUGCUCCGAAAAAGAGGGGCCGCAAACCGGCCACGGCCCCUGUCGCCGGCGGGGUGGUCUCCAGCACUCCCUACACGACUUCCAUGACGCUGGCCACCGAGGCCAAGAAGAAAGCCCCUAAGGAGUCUUCUGCAAAGCCGGUGCAGGAGACGGCACUUCCCAUCAAGAAGCGCAAGACGCGAGAGACUGUGGAGGAGUUGGAGGCGCCCGUUACCACGACGCCGGUCGCUGCUGCCACGGAGACUAGGGCGGAACCGGGGGCGGGGCAUGGGGCGGGAACAGGUGCCCUGGCCGGAGUGGAGGUGCUGGAAAAGGGACCGAAGUUGCCAAAAAGCCCAGGAAGGAAGCACAAGGAGGCGCCGGCGUCCCCAGGAAGCGGGGGGAGCAGUGGCAGCAGCAGUCCCUCCAAGACCCAGAAGAAGGAGCGAGCACAGCAGCACAAACACCAUCACCACCACCAUCACCAUCAUCCGCACUCGCCCCCACCUCCGCCUCUGCCGCCCUCACAGCCGGCCCCAUACCCAGCGCACACACACCAACACUCCCACGGCCGAGCCACACAGGGGGGGGCUCCGGCUUUCCAAGACAACGAGCCCCAGGACUUGAGCACCCCGAGGUCCUGCCACGAAGACAAGCAGCAGCUCCUGGCCCACAAGGAGGUUGCCAGAGCCGACAGCUGUCCCAGCAGGGACACAGUGACCAAGACUCAAGCAGCAGCAGCGGCGGUGGCCAGCGACCUGAAAGGCAAGCACCGGGUGGGCGAGGGGGUGGAGGGAAGGGAGAUGAAGGACAUCGUGCCCACAUCAGCUGUGCCCAGGCCCAGCCGGGAGGAGACGGUAGAGUCCAGGACGCCAGUCAGCGAGAGAGUGAGCUGACUGACUUAACCAAGAGUGCAGAAACAUACGAAGGGUGGGAGGCAUUGGCAGUGAGAGCAGCAAUUUUUUGAAAAAAGAGGAAAAAAAGAAAAAAAAAAAGGAAAAAAGUGUGUGUGCGUGUGUGUAUAUAUAUGUAUAAACAUAUAUGUAUAUGUGUAUAUUUAUGUAUAUAUAUGUAUAUACAUACAUAUACAUGUAUAUAUAUGAUAAAACAAAGGCAGCUGUUGUGUCUUGUUCUUUCUGUGGGUUGGGCUGUUUAACCAACAAUGAUAACGACAAAAGAAAAAACAGAUUGCUUCCUGAUAAAUUUACAGGUCUUUUUUCAGCUUUAUUAUUAUUAUUAUUAUUAUUAUUAUUAUUAUUAUUUUAUAUACCAUAUAGAUUUUUUUAUGCCAUCAGACACCCCUUCUUAUUGUUACUCCUUCAAAGCUUCAGGGAUGUGGAAGAUCUGCGAGGCUCUAUGCGUCUUUGAAACCAACCCCCAACCCCCCCGGAUGGUGAAUUGCCACUCAAAGUCAUAGUCAAUUCAGCACAUAACAAAACGUAAAGUGUGUUUUUCCCCAUUCCAGAGAACAAAUUAUUUUCACGAUGUUUUAUACACAUUUCAUAUAACUAGCAUAAAUAAGGGAAAUCUGUUAUGUGCUGCAUAAAUCUUAUUAAAACCUUAGCAACAUUGAAUAUUUCACUAGAAAAAAAGCAUUCUUCAGUAAAUGCUUCCCCUCUCCAGUGUUCUAUAGCAACCCGGCCCUCAAGGACACCCAUCCCAGCUCUUGGUAGGAGCAAAAACAUGGACUGUCUUAGGCGUUCUCAAGGACUGGGUUGGAAAGCACUGUUCUACAGCAUGCUACUAGGGGAGAGAGAGACGACAUGCACAGAAAACCUUGGUUUUCUGCUAGAAGCAAAUUACAAACUUGCCUGCUUACCAGAUUUUACAACCCAGUGUUUGAACUGUAUUCGAAAUGACCCUUUUUAAUUUCCCCCAAGUUAACCUCUGGAAUAUUUUUUCCGUUGUUUUAGGUUUCUCUCUCCCUUACGUUGUAAUUUUAUACAACAUAGUACGAGGAUUGUGGGCUGUUAUGAUGCUCCCACUAGAGCAGUAGUAUGAAGUUUUUCAGCUUGAUUUGGGUCCCACAGUCUACGUGAUGUGACUUUGCCUUGUGCUGUUCCAUCUCCACUGAAGCUUUGAAUAGAGAUUUAAUUUUCUUAUUAUUGUUGUUUUGUUUUUUUGUUUUUUUGCCACAGUCCAAUAAGAACUUCCUGUCAGCUGGUGAAGGGGAAUGAUGUCUGUACCCUUUCAGACUAAAAGUGUUUUUAAGGAGCUUCCUUUUUGGGCUUUUAAAUUCUUGCUCCAGUGCUAACUGUACAAUUACCCUAUACACAAUUACCCUACAAUCAAGAUACCUUUACUGCAGACCGUCAUGGGGCUGCUGAUCAGCUCUCCGUUUGAUAGAGUAUGACUGUUAAAGUGGAAACCCAUGCAGGUUGUAAUCUGAACCUUACUUAGGGAAGCAUAUAUUGAAAACCAAUGUAUGGAUCUCCUGGUUAAACAUUAAAAUGAGUAAAGUUAGCAUUGUAUCAUAGUAUUUUAAAUAUUUAAUAGGCUGACAUUCUUUUUUACCUGUGUAAAUAAAACGGCAGUGUAUUGUCAGCUUCAGCAUUGUGUGCCCUUGACGGUUUCUCUCUGUCGCUAGUUGACACAUGAAGGGCAGUUUGCACUGAAACACGCAGGGAGCAGAGACGACAUCACAAACAGAUUAACCGAGAGCCGCUACUCCGCUACACUUGGUCUUCAGCUCCCUCGUUUGCCAAUAUUACUCCAUACAAUAUUUGUUUUAUGUUAGAAAAAAAAAAUCAUGUUUGCUUCAAACUAAAGGCUACCAAAGAAUCUUUUUUUUUUCAUCUCUUCUUUUAUGUUUUUUGCCCAAACUAUCAGUGCCCUUCAUGUUUGAAUAAGGAAAUUAUUUCGAUAAGUGUGAUUAUUCAAAUAAAAUUAUUUAAUAGUGAUAUGUUUUAAAUGCCCAUAAUAAGUGUCAUCUUGUUGUUUUAAGGUUGCUGGCAAUGUACUUAACAUAAAAAUCAGUACUACUUCGAAUUGUAAUUGGUAUAUGUACCAUAAUUACAUACGUUUGUAAUAAUGAACAGCUGGGAUAUUUAAAUUCUGCAUUAUUCCAAAGACAUCAUUUUAAGUACCUGAAUCCACUCGAGGAAGUUCUUGUGUGUCAUAUGUAUUUAUGAAAUGAUUUACAAAAUGUUAAAAAAAAACUGUUACCUUUGUUGCAAGUGGUGAAGCACUUUUUGUUAAAUGAAUCACGUUAUCAUACAAAAUAUGACAAGGAAGAAUGAUAGUACCUGAAAUCUUUUAGGCCCUUUCCUGUUUUCAGCAGACAAGCUGUUGAUUCACCAAACCCAAUGAUUUACGUUUCAUGUCCGGAGGUUGAGACCUGUACAAUAUUUCAGUACUCUCUGUUUGCAUGCUCUCGCAUUCUGAUUAUUUCUCCGUUUCAUUGUGAAGUUGGCUAUUAGGAAAUAAAUAGGUUUAGUUUUGAGUAGUAAUCCCCAACCGUGGGUUAAAAGCAAAAUAUGUAGCACAAAAUGGUUAUGCAUGCUACAAUUUUGGAAUUGCUUUGUUGAUGCCACAGUCCAUUCCGAGACAAUGAGUAUAUGUAAUUCCUUACCGGAAUAGGGAUCAUUGUGCAGCAUUGUGCAGUUGACAUAUUAUAAACCAAAAGGAGCUUUUGGUUUCACAGCCGUGAUGUGUCCUGCAUCCCAUUCACAUUCAGAUAGGACAAUACAUAUUCAAGUGGUAGGUUUUGGAGCAUAGUUUAGGUUUACAUGCACAUGUACAUGCACAGACGACUGUAUGGUGACUUCCAUCUGCAACACACUAACCUAGUGUGUGUAUGUGUGUGCGCACAUGUGACACAGAUGGUCAGAUUCAGUUUCAGGCCCAUUUACACUCACAAAGAUCUGGAAGCGACCUAUAAAUGAAAGGAGAGUUCAGCAGACACUAAACUUCCCAGUCGUGCAAGGCAUGUAAUGAAAGUACGGAUUUGGCCUUCUCAUUGUUCUCUGUCUACCUUCUGUCUUGGUCUGUCUUGAUCUGAAAACCUUCCCUUUCUCUGGCUGCAGCUUAAAGUGCGAGGGCUCUAUUUGGAGAGUCAGUGAACAGCAAGGGGCAGGACUUCUGGUUCAUUCGAGUGUUCAUCAUCCUCUUCUUAUGAUUGCACUCUAGAAGAUUGUACAUGUAUUUUUGUGUAGCUGUGGAACAGUGACUUCCUGGGAGUUAUAUAUUUUGUCUUGAUGGUUUUUAUAUAAAAAAAACAACAAUGUGUAAAUACUUGUGUAGAUCAGAAGGACGGACGGGGUAAAAGAAAAGGACAGGCAAGCUACUUAGAGCAAAGAUAAAGGCAUCCAAGCGUCGUGGUUUUUAAACUGAUUUAAACAGCUUGUCUCCAGAUUUAACAAUGGCAGGAUUUAUUGCCUUGUCACAAUUCUUUGGUUGAACAGACAUCUAAAUGAAUUUAAUGAUUGUAGGGUCAUAUUGCAAGCACAACUGUUUCAGAUCAAUGUCUGAUGCUAAUAAUGUCCUGGGGUCCCAAAACUGAAACCAUGGGCUUGGGAUUAUGGAGGGUUUAUGGAUUAUUUCAGUCGAUCCAAUAAAAAUGACAACCAAAAAAAAAAUAGUAGAGCAAUUAUGAAGUCUGGUUUUAAAAUAGACAAAAAGUGCUGAAGAACUAUUUGUGGAUAUAUCCAUCAAUCUGUUGUUUAGAAAAAUCAAUAUGCAUUCAGUGGAGAACCUGCCUGGUUGCUUCACCUUGCCUUCAUUUGGCCUGAUCUGUUUUGGGAUGUAGAAAACAAUAGGUUACUUUUGGUUUAGACUAGUCUCAGGCUAUUCCAUGACAAUACAAUCCGGGCACCAAGUUUCCCAGGCUAUUUCUAAAGUGACUACAGAAUAUCAAAUGAUAUUCUAUUACUGUGGGAUAUUAAAGUGUGAGAUAUUGAUGUCUGCCACAUUUUUAAUAUAGACUAAGUGCAUUUAGCUGCUUGACAUAAUUGGUUGUAGAAUGCUAAUUCUGCAUUGAUGAAUUACAGUAAAAAGAUAUUUGUGUUGUGGACCGGUAGGAAGAAGUAGACUGAGAAGAAAGGAUAGUCAGCAUCAGAUCCACACUCUUCCAUUCUUCACUGAUAUUUAUUGACAUCCACGUCUUCAUGAGAGAUUAAUUAAUCAGAUAAUGGCCCCUUUAUAACGGAAGAUUCCAUGGCACCUGGAAAGCUGAGUCUUAACUGUGCUGUUGCAGUCCUUCCACGCUUACAAUCAGCUUCCAGUGAGCAUGACCUGUCGUCUAAAUAACUGCAUGCUGGAUCUCGUGCCGGGUGAUGAGGUAAACGAUACCACAACCGCUUUCUGUAUUAUAAUCCACUAAUGCUGGUGUAACAAACUCCCCCCCCCCCCCCCCCCCCCCCCCCAAAAAAAAAAAAAAUUCAUUGUGCCUUAUGCCUGUCUCUGUGGGCUAAAAAUGGCAGGAGAGUUAGGAUGCGAGCACGGACCCACACAUCGGUGCAUGAUGUAGAGUCCUGUGAGGUGAAAGGCCCGUACGCACACUCGGAGGACUAAGCCAGCCACAAUAUGACCAGUCCUCCAGAGAGACGGCGAGGUGAUUCCAGAGAUAGCAUGUGAGAGAGUGCUGCUCUAAAAGAAAAACAAAGAAAUCAAAAAGACUGGAUCUCACACACAGGCAGGACAGAUUAUAUAUAAGUGCUUACAUCGCAGUAUCUUAUCAGAGGAAGUAAGUCCAGUGUGCUCGGAAGACUCCACAAACUGCGUAAGAAAAUAACAGGCUCUGAUAUGUUAAUAUGCAGAUGCAUCACCUGAGAUAUAGGGUAAACCCACCACAAUCACAAUGGAAAACAUUGAUCAAAAGAUUAAAGCUGCUAUUAGACAGCUUGUAUACACUAGAAAUAGAGAAAUACUGUGUUUUAAGGCUCUACACACCUUUUUUUUUAUAAAAUAAGUAGAGAUUCACACUUGCAUGGCAACUGUACACAGCUCUAUUUAUUAGGAAAGUUUGAAGGCUUAAUUUCAGCAAUGUUUAUCACUGUCACAGACCAGUAUCUUAGACUAGUUAUCUAGUGGCAUCCUCUUUUCAUCCUAUUUUCUUGUUCUGGUAUGUGUUUUAGUUUAAGAAAGAACAUAACACUGACAAUCAAACAAGUAAGUAGUUGAGAUCUUUCAGUGUAAUCCAGAACUUAUUUGAACUCCUCAUUAAUGUAUCCUCACAGCAACGACACGGAUCCCAUAACGUAACGGGACAAAGCAGAGAGCUGAAUUGAGCAGUGUGAGCGUGUCCUGCUCUCCUCCCCUCGCCUCCCUUCUCCCCCGACCAUGGCACUCUCAGGUCGGGGCUCAUAGGAAAAGAGCAAUCUUGCUCGAAAAGGGCUACGUAACAUUUUCAAAUCUGAAGGGGAAAAAAAAUAAAUAAAAAGCAGCACCAGGAAAAACGAGGCGCCAGUGUCUGUGAGCACGCCAGUGUCUGUGAGCACGCCAGUGUCUGUGAGCGCGCCAGUGUCUGUGAGCGCGCCAGUGCCACACGGCAUCCCCCCUCCUGCGUGUGGCUCACUGAGUAAGUGCUGCCUGCCUCUCUCACUGGUUUCCCCAGUGACUCCAAACAUACCAUUUUGCAGAGCAUCAUUUCGAGCACUCGCUUACCCGGGGGCGCACUCCCAGGGGACUGCGCCCCUGAUCUGGACUUUGUGAAGCGGGGGCCUGAGGAGGAGAAGCUGGGAAGGACGCUGACACGACAAGCUGGAGCAAUACAAGGGCAAAACUAACCCGUCCAAGUAGGGCAACCAUGGCCUGUAGUGGACAAUGCUACACAGAAGGUGAAACCAAUAUUAACAAAUUAAUGAAUUUAACAAACAAACUGAAACCUCCAGGCAUGAAUGUUGAUGCCAUGUGGCUUCGAUUACAAGAAGUAAUCUCUACGAAAAGUGCAAACAGCCUGGCUGCAACAGAAGGGAUAGUGCCUUGCUUUGGAGAUUGACUUGGGUGAUAGAAGUGGCCUUUGAUUAAAGCUAUAAUCUCUUUCCAAAUAAAGUAAACGAAAAGUCUAAGGUGGGCUGAUUAAAUAUUUUCCCGAUUAGGUUCUAAUGGUGUUGCUUGUAUUAUUAUUAUUAUUUAUUUAUUAUUAUUUUGAAACAUUUUUUUGCAUAUACGUGAUAACUUGCAACCUAACAAAAAUAUAUGUCUCACCACAUCAAGUACCGUGUUUUAAUUCAGAGCAGUUGAUUGCCAAAUAUCAUUUCCUAUGAGUAAUUCGGUAAAUUGAAAUUGCUGUGACACAGCUGGGGGAAAUUGUCCAGGAAGGCCUGGCUCACAUUUAAUGUAUUUGCUCAUGUAUUUUGUUCCAACUGCUAAAAAAGAUCUUUCCAUGUCAAGUUAAGAUCAGUUUACAGCAGCUAAAAAGAGUGCUGGCAGAGAGAAUGCCAGGCUUGUUUGUAUUUACAACAGGCAAACACUGCGCCUCUUUCUCUCAAGCAGGCUGAAUGGGGCUUGCGCUGACAGUACUCUGGCUGUCAUCUCCUCAGACGCCGUCUGACUCUCGUCGUUUGCCCCUGGCAGGCAGAUUGCGAGCAUUCUGCCCAAGCCACAGUCGGGGCGAAGUGCUCAGCCUGCUGCAGCCAGGAAAGCAGCUACUCGCCCCUGUUCUCGGUGUGUCUGCUGGCUGAGCCCCGACAGCUCAGCGCUAAUGCUGGUUUUAGCAUGAGCUCUGCUGCUACAGUCAUAUUCAUUUGUUACAGUUAUUUGAAGCAUUAAACAAAUGGAAUAAAAAUUUACAGCUACAAAUAAUUUUAAAUGAUUUACAAAUUUAGGCUUAACAAGUCCUAAUUAAAUAUCUCCCAGUCAUUAACAACACUGAAAUAGAAUAACGACUGUUAAAUCCAUUUAGUUUGAAAUUUAGGUCUGUUGUGUCUUUAUAGAAUAGUAUUGUGCCUUGAAGUUACUAUGAUAAUACUUUGAAGCUUUUUCCAAGCUUUUCCUUUGGGCAUUUUAACUUUGAGUGUUUCUGGGGGAAUUGAAUAUAUAACAAGUUGGUGGAGCUUGAACAUUGCCUGCAGUCAGACAGGCAAGUGCAUUGGGGAAACAUCUGUUUGAAAAGCUUCUAAAUGGCAAUAAUGAAUAUGUCAAGACCAAGGUCUCAUGUUGAUUACUGAUUCUCCUUAAAGUGCCCUGGUUUACCAGAUGCUUGUAUGAAUUUGGAGGAAGUCGUUGGCAAGAGAAUUGUUCUUCAUUGUAGUUUUCAAACACCUCCGAUUCCUGGUUAUUAGUCUGCUUUAUUCUUUCUCACCAUAACUUUACACCCUAUGAAAUACAUGAAUGUCUUGACUGUGGCCAGUUCACCCAGAAGGGGAAAAAAUAAAGGUAAAUUUGCACUUUAUAACAUGUUGCCUGGCAAGACACUCGCCUUUUGUAUGUGUUUUUAUCUUCCAAAGUAGGUUUUUUUUUUAUUUUAUUUUUGUAUUAAUUUUAUUAUAAGUUAACAACAAAAGGGAUGGGGGAAGUCUGUGUAUCUGCAAAGACCAUUUUAACAAUUAUUAAAACAGUUAUUAAAUUUGGAUGUCAAAGGUCACUUUUCAUUUGCCCAGCCAAGCCCUUGCCUUCCUGAAACUGAAAUCCGUAGUUUGUCUGCUUUUAUAUCGAUUUGCUGUGUUGUUCCUUGUGUUUUCCCUGUAUUACAAAAAUGCUAAACAAGUGAAUUGUUUCACUAUACAUAGCUACAAAUUAAAAAAAAAGAAAUGUGCUAUAAAUGCCAUAUAUAUCUUUUGUAGCGAGGAAGACUAAUCUUUUGUAUCCCUUUUGGUUUAGGGAACGAUGACACCCGGUGCAUAUGAAAGUAGGGCUUUACAUGUAGCUGUCAUCCAGCAGGAGUAAAAGACGCACAAAUAUAACGAUGUUGACAUGAUGUAGCUCCUCUGUCACCUGGCCUUACCUGUUUUUUGACCUGUGCAUCGGAAUUAAGGAAAGAGGGGAUUUCUGGGUGGGGUAGGCCUAUGUACCAGAGAGAUUAAGGAGACUAACGCUGUUCGACAGCCAGGAUGCAGACCCUGCUGGACAGUGUGUUGCAAUGGCAAGUCUGGGGAUAAAUAAAGACUGCUUGGGCACAGAAUGUUCUAGAUUAGUGAAAGGGAAGAAGAAAAGAUGUCCCAGUGCUUCCAGUUCCAGUAUACCUGUGUGCUUUGUGAACUGCUGGAUGGGACAGAGGGGGUAGCUUGGCUCUAAGUCCCCCCCCCCUUCUAGUUGGACAUCACUUUCAGUAGCAUCUCCAGUGUCGCGGGCACACAAGACUGUGGGACUGUACGGCAGUGUGCUGGAGAGCCCCCCUCCGCUUUGGCGAUAUCAGCAGUGCGUGAGGCAGCGGUGACUUGAAGUGACCUUUGGAGCGUCGUUAGCUGGAAACGAAAAGAUUAGUUUUCCUCCCAAGGCUGAACUGGGUGUCUACAUCCUUGAGUGGGUCUGCGUGGCCAAUGUGAGUAUGGAAAGCGGAGGAGAUGGCGUGUAGCUUGCACUUUGAAGACCUCCCCUGCUGCAGCACAUUAUGCUCUGUUGUGUUUCAAUAUUUACAACUCGGCUCUUUUUUGUUUGUUUGGUCAUAACACCUAGCAGUAAACUGUCAGUUUCCUGUAUCUAGUUCUUUCAAUGAAAUGUUUCUGCAUCCCUUUGUAUGUCCUAGUUCAACAUCUUUAUUCCAGCGUCUGAAAGCUCCGCAGAACUUCCCUUUGACACCCAGAAUGACCUCAGCAGAGGGUGUCAUUACUCAAAAGUAGUAUUUCAGCAGAAGGCGCUUUGCAUCUGUGCCAUACACAUUGGGGAUCUUGAAACGACGGCUGUAACAAUUGUGAUCCCCGUUACUAUCCCUACAUUCAUUUGAAAAGUUGUAUGUUCUGAAAUAAUUGAAUGAGUCUUUGCUGAAGUGUAACAUAACCAGAGUUUGGUUUAGUUUGGACAUGAGGUCCAUAAAUGAUCCGGAUAAGAAACAUUUUCCUCUUUGUAACUUUCAUUUGAAAUUUGUUGUGGUGUAAUUUGUCUUUACAUCAUGAUAUUACAAUGGUACUCCUUUGCCAGCAGAAAAUUACCACCGCCCUAUCCUACUUUUUAUGUCACUUUGGUUCCAAAUAAUAAAGAUCAAGAUUACACAAAAUAUACAGUCAGUUUACAACUCGAAAGCCCAGGUGAUAAUUCAAUUUGUAUUUUUGAUACCAAAACACAACUAUAUCUGUGGGUAGCGAUGGGAAGAAGUCCACUAUGAACAAAUCAAUAUGGAUGAUUUAAAGACAUUUCACCCAUCUGUGAAUAUAGGAACUGUGAGCAUGAUGUACAUUUUUAAAAUGAUUGAUUGUAUAAAGUGUAUCAAAUGAUGGGGCACAGAUGCUUAACUUGUAUGGGGGAAAAGAUCUAUUUAUAACAAUAAUAAACCAUAUUAAUUUCUACAACAUUUUCAGAAUUAAAAGUGAAAGAUGUUUAUUUGAGUAAUCAUUAUAGAUCCUUUGAUAUGGCAGUCAGCUAAGGAAAAAUGAGUUAAAAAAUUAUUUUUAGUGAUUAUUUCUUUAGCAUUUCUAGAUGUUAACCUCUCUAACGUAUGUCUUAAAAAGCUCAUUUUUCCUGAUGUUCAGGUUGAAUGGUCUUGCAGAGUACAGUGUUUCUGGUUCCAGGCCUCUGUCUGGUUUUAGACACCUGUCCAGUUCAACACAUUCAUGCUGUGCCCUGGCCGCACAUUACUGCAGACAUAUAUUAAUGCAUCUGCAGGGCAGGGCUGCGGAACCCUGCAUGGCUGUCUGAUGUUUUUCUACUGAAGUAAAGGAGGUUGAUUGGCUGUCAGGCUAAGAGAGAGUCAGACUGGCAGCAGACGCUGUAACCUGGCAUGUACUGUCUGGCAGGAAAACUCAUACAGAGAAGCAUGAUUCUCUCAGCCACUUAAAGACGCAGCAGAAACAGAAGCGACAUCCACUGCUUGUAUAUACAUAUUGUACAUGCAUACCGAUGCUAUUCAGACAUUCAUUAUGUUGUUUUAGUCAAACAAGUUUUGUCUUUUGUUAACUUUUUUUGUCUUGCUGUUCAGUAGAAUAUUUGCACUUUUAUAGAUGAAAAUUGUGGAAUACGGUAUUCGUUGUUCUUUCAGCUGUUUAAAUAUUUUAAUUUCUUCAUGCAGUGUGUGUAUAUGUGUGUGUGUGUAUGUGUGUGUAUAUAUAUAAGUUUAGUGUGGCUAACCUGAUUUGAAUAUUUAAUUCUACAAUAUAUACAUCGGUAUAUACUGUAUUAAUGUUAUCUUACUAAAGGCUGAGUUACUGGGGUCUAUAUUUUUAAAUAUUGUACUGUUAAAUCUCCUGUAAGAUUUUAGGGUUCUCCUUGGGGCUUUAACUUUGCUGCCUUUGGCUGCCACACUAAAAAUGAACAACAAAUAUUGGUCUGGACAGGCGUUGGGCAUCAUACCACCAUUUACAUCAUUCUGGGGAUGAAUGUCCCCGAUACCUCUAGUUAGGUCUGUUGUGCAUUUUCAUAUUUUCAUGGUUAGGGUUUUAUUUCCAAGGGCUUUUUUUUGCCUCUCGAAGGUUUGAUAAUCUGUGCGGACUGUGUUUUGUUUGGAAACUUAAAAGGGACCCAUAUACACAGUUACGUAUAUGUUAACAAUGCAAACAUUCAAGAAAUUUUUAAAAAUUACUAUGAAUUAUGACAUUCUGUAAAAUGUUUUUACUGUACAGUACAAAGCAAGCAAAGAAAUCACCCCAGGCUUUAGCCUUUAGUAUAUAAAACGCACAUCUAAAAAUCUGCUGCCUCUAUUGAAACGACAAAUUACACAAGGUUUCUCUUGAAUGCUGUAAAUUGUCCUAAAAUCUGUAAAACUGAUCCAUAUUCUAAAAGAAGGUAAAUUGGUAAAAAUAUUUUUUUAAAAGGCAGUAAUGUCUGGUGAGACAUCCUCAGAACCAUCCGGAGGACAGCAACACUCCCAUUUAUUUAUACAUUUGUUAAAAACCAUCCUUCCUACUUUGAACUUUUCAUUAAAUUACAUAUAUGUUUGCCAUAUCUUAUCACCACUAUGUUAUAUCCUCGAUCUUUGAAAGAAAUUUAUACCAAAAACUUCCAGUGCAAUGUGGUAAUUAUACAUUUAUUUCCUGCUUUUUAGGGAUCUGUAAAUUGGUAUGUUUGCAUUUCAUAUUUAUUUAGUAUUUAUUCAGACAUGCUGCUAAAUAUGUGCAACGGCUCAGUUAAAGCAUGCAAAUUCAUAUUUUUGUAUAGUUGCGAACCAAUAAUAAUUGGAAAUCUGAACAUUUCUAGUGUUACAUCCAUACUGUACUUUACUCUGUUAUUUUUACCACUGUGAGCUUCUGAAAAAUGUAUGUUACACAGGAUAUACCCAACUUCCAAAUGUAUUAUGGACUUCUCUCUUUGCAGUUUUUCCAAGGAUACUACUGGCAGGAUUUAAAUAACAUUUCCAAUGGGACUCACCUAAUGUUAACACAUCAAUUAAUGACUAUCUGUGAAACUUCAUUGGUUGCUCUGUGAAUACCUUUUCAAAUUGGCUGUUUUUAGAACUGCAUUACUUCCUUUAUAGUUGUUGAACUAUUUUGCACCCCACACUGCUACUCACUCUUAUUGGAUACAUGCUUACACCGAGGAGAACAGCUGUAUGUGUCUGAAUGUUACCACUGCAUUGUGUAAUGCUUCUCCUGUGCAGCAUAGUUGAAUUUGAUCCAGUGACCUUUAUUAAGAAGUUCAGGGGACCUACUCCUGUUCACUGUGUUGCUUUAGCAGAUAGAGUCCCUCGCUCUCACUGUUUCUUGCUCUCGCACGUACACAAGUCCCCAGAAGUAAGAAGAUAAUGUCAGUCACCCAAAGAGCCCAGAAAACUGCUCUGAGAUCACUGGGUGAAUCACAGAACUUUUUCAAUCACAAGUAGUCAAGUUCUUUAACGGAUGAAUAAAAUGUUUGUGGGUCCCUAGAUAGUGAAAUCAAAUAAAAGCAGGUUGCUUCUUAAAACUUUCAGAUUAAUAAAGUAUCAGUUAUUUUUCUCAUAAACGAUACCUGUAAAUGGUGUCUCUAAAGUGGUAAAUGAUGAUUCAAAGAAUAUUUGCAUACCUUGAAAAGUUUUUAUGAGGUCAUAUGUUUAUUUUUGUAAAAUAAUUGUUCUGAUAUUAAAAGCUGAAACUAAACAAUAGCUUAAAUUGUAAUUGUAAUUAUUACUGAAUAGUGUAUUGCUAAAAUAUAUGAUGAAUCUGA